AAAAGUAGUUGUACAAUUUACAUGUAAUGUGUAGAUACAGCCAGAUAGAGUCAAUCAAGAAAGAGAGAGAGAAGGAGAGAGAAAUUAAGAGAGCAUUGGUGUCAUCAAUAGAGGGAUGCUUUUGGGCUCAGAACUGCAAUUAAUGCUCCUUUCAUUUUGAGACUGUUGCUUUUAAUUGGCUUUACCCCAAAAGAAAAAAAAAGGAAAAAAAAACAAAACAAAAUAAGCCUAGUGAGAGAUAAUAGUAAUAUGAAGAGAGUGUUUUUUUUUUCAACUCUACUUUCAGGUGUCUUUGAUUGAGGAUUAGCUGGAGGUUUUGGAGGUGUAGAUUCUUCUUCUUCAAUCUCUCUCUCUCUUUCUCUGUUCUUUUGGUGUCCAUUUCUUGAAGAUCUACUUUGUUGCUUGCUUUUGGGUGUUGGAAUUUCUUCCAAUUUCAUUCAACUGGUUGACUUUGGAUUUGGACAUUGUGGGGUUUUAUAAAAAUUGAGUCUUUGAGUCUUGGAUCUUAAGUUCCUUCUAGGUUUUUUUUCCCUUCAAAUGUCAACUUGAAUUUCUUCUAUAUUCUUGUUCGUUGAAAUUUCUCACCUCAACAACCUGAAAUUGAUUGAUUGAGUAUUUCAGUCAAAGAUUAUUGGGCUGUCUUAAUUUUUUGUUGUGUGAAUCUUCAAGAAAGGGCAAAAUUAGGGUUUCUUUGAUCUGGUCUAUUUUGUAUAUUUUUUAAUCAAUUCUUUUGAUACCAGUAUCUGGUCUUUGUGUUUUUGGUAAAGGCAAAUGCUUUCGGACUUUCCCUCCUUAAGUUAGGGUGCAUUUGAUUUUUGAAAGCAAAGGUUUUGAUUCUUGGGGGGAUGCUUUUAGCUUGAUUCUUUUGCUUUUCCUGAAGUUAGGGUUUGGUUACCAAGCCUUUCUUUUUUGGGGGUUUAGUGUUAGAUGGGCUAAAAACUAUUUCUUUGUCUUUGGUGAAACUUUGUUCAGUCACUCCCUUUUUAGGUCCUCUCUGUGAUUGAUUAACACACAGAGAAAGAACAAAUAAGGUUGUAAUGCAUCUUUCACUAUGGAAGCCAAUAUCUCACUGUGCUUCUCUGAUCUUGGACAAAAAGAGCAGAAAGAGAAAUGGGUCUAACCAUACCACUGAAGAGAUAAAGAAAAACCCAUCUGUGCUGAAAAAAUUGCAAGAGCAUAAGCUGAGGGAGGCUCUUGAGGAAGCAUCUGAAAAUGGGUCUCUUGUUAAAUCUCAAGAUGUGGACUCCCUGUCAGCACAGAACCAAGAUGAAGGCUUGGGCCGAUCCCGGUCACUCGCUAGGCUACAUGCCCAAAAGGAGUUCUUGAAAGCCACUGCUCUUGCUGCAGAGCGCACUUUUGAAUCUGAGGACUCCAUUCCUGAGCUCAAUGAAGCCUUUUCUAAGUUCUUGACCAUGUAUCCUAAGUACCAGUCCUCGGAAAAGAUUGAUGAGCUGAGGUCAGAUGAGUACUCUCACCUUUCUGGCUCUGGACCUAAGGUAUGUCUUGAUUACUGUGGAUUUGGGUUGUUUUCAUUCCUUCAAAGUGUUCAUUACUGGGAGUCCUCGACAUUUAGCCUGUCUGAGAUUACUGCUAAUUUGAGCAAUCAUGCUUUGUAUGGGGGUGCUGAGAAAGGCACCGUGGAACACGAUAUUAAGACGAGAAUUAUGGAUUACUUGAACAUCCCUGAGAAUGAGUAUGGUCUUGUUUUUACUGUGAGCAGGGGCUCGGCUUUUAAGUUGUUAGCUGAAUCAUACCCUUUUCAGACCAACAAAAAGUUGUUGACUAUGUUUGAUCAUGAGAGCCAGUCAGUUAACUGGAUGGGUCAGUGUGCCAGAGAGAAAGGUGCCAAGGUUUAUAGUGCAUGGUUCAAAUGGCCUACCCUCAAACUAUGUUCAACUGAUUUGAGGAAACAAAUUUCGAACAAAAAGAGGAGAAAGAAAGAUUCAGCUACUGGUCUCUUUGUUUUCCCAGUCCNCGACGCCGAGGCAUGA